AUGGCAGGACGCAUGAUGCAACCACAAAUCAUCCUUCUCAAGGAAGGCACCGACGCAUCGCAAGGCAAGGGCCAACUGUUAUCCAAUAUCAAUGCUUGCUGUGCAGUCGUCGACACCGUCAAGACCACUCUUGGUCCCCGUGGUAUGGAUAAACUCAUGGUCAAUGAACGAGGCGAAGUUACCAUUUCCAAUGACGGUGCUACUAUUAUGAAAUUGCUUGAUAUCGUUCAUCCUGCUGCCAAGACACUUGUUGACAUUGCUCGUUCUCAAGAUGCUGAGGUUGGCGAUGGUACCACGAGUGUUGUAUUGUUGGCUGGUGAAUUGUUGAAGGAAGUCAAGGGAUAUAUUGAAGAUGGUGUCAGCCCCCAUGUCAUUAUCAAAGGAUACCGUAAUGCUGCUCGUUUGGCUAUCAACAAGGUCAAGGAACUUGCCAUACAAAUCAACAAGGACAAUCAAGAGGAAUUCCGUGAUCUGUUGUCCAAGUGUGCUGCAACCGCCAUGUCAUCCAAGUUGAUUUACUCGCAAAAGGACUUUUUCACCAAGAUGGUGGUCGACGCUGUAUUGGCAUUGGAUCAGGAUACCCUUAAUGAAAAGAUGAUUGGCAUUAAGCGCAUUCCCGGUGGUGCUAUGCAAGAUUCGAUGUUGGUGAAUGGUGUUGCCUUCAAAAAGACUUUCUCCUAUGCUGGUUUCGAGCAACAACCUAAAUCCUUCAAGAACCCCAAGAUUUUGUGUCUCAAUGUCGAAUUGGAACUCAAGGCAGAGAAGGACAAUGCUGAAGUGCGUGUUGAGGAGGUUUCUGAAUACCAAGCCAUUGUGGAUGCCGAGUGGCAAAUCAUCUUCCAAAAGCUCGAAGCAAUUGUUGCCAGUGGUGCCAAGGUUGUCCUUUCCAAGCUUCCCAUUGGUGAUCUUGCAACUCAAUACUUUGCUGAUCGUGACAUCUUUUGUGCUGGCCGCGUUGCUAAGGAUGAUAUGGAUCGUGUUAUCCAAGCUGUUGGUGGCUCUUUGCAAUCUACAUGCUCCGACUUGCGUGCUGAGCACCUUGGUCAAUGUGACUCCUUUGAAGAAAAGCAAAUUGGCGGUGAACGAUUCAACCUCUUUGAAGGCUGCCCCAAGGCAAAGACUUGCACAUUGGUGUUGCGUGGUGGUGCUGAGCAGUUCAUUGCUGAAGUAGAGCGAUCGUUGCAUGAUGCUAUCAUGAUUGUUCGACGUGCUAUCAAAAACAACCUCGUUGUUGCAGGUGGUGGUGCUACGGAGAUGGAGUUGUCAAAGUAUUUGCGUGUGCACUCGCGUACCAUUGAAGGCAAGCAACAGCUCAUUAUUGGUGCAUUUGCCAAGGCACUUGAAGUGAUUCCCCGACAGCUUUGUGACAAUGCUGGCUUUGAUGCCACUGAUAUCCUCAAUCAGCUCCGUAUGAAGCAUGCUCAAGGUGAAACGUGGUACGGUGUGGAUAUCAACAACGAAACAAUUGCAGACAACUUUGAAGCCUUUGUUUGGGAACCAGCAUUGGUGAAGACCAACGCCAUUGCAGCAGCAACAGAAGCAGCAUGCUUGAUUUUGUCGGUGGAUGAAACUGUCAAGAACCAACAAAGCGAGAAGCCCACUGCUGGUAUGCCUCGUGGUGGUGGUCGUGGUCGGGGCAUGCCCAGACGUUAG